AUGACGGGGACCACUCAAUCGAACUUCCCAAAAGUGAUCUUAGGCACUCCAUGCCAAGUGAACUACACUGAACAAACCCAUGAAAGAAGCAAUAGCCCGCCAUUCAUCCUCUCCAGUCCUACCCCCUCCCAACCCUUCAACUUUCAAACCCAGUGCAAUACCUUGAGCUCUGAUGAUCCAUUCAAAUCACCAAUCAAUCGCCCAACGCUCCAAUUCAAUAAUAAACGAAGACGACAACCCAGCCACUCAGAACCCCGUAUCAACUCACCAAAAGAAGCUAUCCAAAAAGCUAGAAGUCUACUCAUUCUAGCUGCCUCCCUAGAAGAGGAUACCGAAGAACAAUCGAAAGUCCUAGACUUAAUCGAAAUAUUUCGUGAAUAUCUUGAAAAAGGAAAACUCACAAAAGCCUCAAAUAUCAUCACAUCACAAAUCUCCCAUCUAGAAAAUGCCACCAAGCGGAUCGAAAAGCAAGCCAACCACCUUUCAAACCUCCCCAGUCAUAUGAUCCCCCCUAUAAUAAACGCCCCUGGAACCAAAGCUAGCUAUGCCACUAUCACCAAAACCUCAGAAGAAUGGAACCUAAUUACAAAGGGAAAACCCACAAAACAGAAAACUACAGAACAAAAGGAAGAAGCCCCAAGCAAACGACUAAUCCUCAUCAAACCUCUUAUUUAUCAGCCACCCUCUUUUACACCAUUAAAUACAAGGAAUAAAGUCAACGAAGCCUUCAAGAAAGCAGAAAUCAAUGGACCAGUCAUCUCAGCCAUCACUACUACAAGGAGCGGCAAUUUUAUACUAACCACUAACAGCCCUUUCAAUGCACAAUUCCUGAUGGAAAAGAAGGAAAUCUGGGACAAAAUCCUUGAUGCCGAAAGAAUACAAAUCGAUAAACCCUGGCAUAAAGUCAUCAUUCACAAAAUCCCAAUUCAGGAAUUCUCAGGUCUGAAAGGUAUGGACCUAAUCAAAGAGGAAGUCAAUACCUUCAACCCAGGGCUCAGUAUUAUGGGUACUCCUUACUGGCUUACUAAUGCCUCCAAGAGAGCCAAACAACAAGACGGAGCAAUAGUCAUUGCAUUUGCUACACAAAAAGAAGCAGAUAUAGCUAUCCAGAAAAGGCUAUAUAUUGCAGGCAUUAGUGUUAGAGUAGAAAGAUUCUAUCCAUCUACUCCUUCAUCCCAAUGUAACAGAUGCCAGGGAUUCGGCCAUAACGAAUCAUACUGCAAAAAACCUCCAGCUUGCGGACUUUGCAGUAAUAAUCAUGCUACAGUCGGUCAUUUCUUCAUUCAAGAACCCUGGAUCCUCUCGAAUCCUGAGAAAGACUUCUCCUCAACCAGAUCCAUUGCCCACUCCAGCUUCUCUCAACUCCUCCCAAAUAAUCCUCCGAACCUGCGUCCCCGAACUAUGAUCUACAUUUCAAAAGGAUUCAAACCGCUAGUAGCCCUAGCUCCCAACUCCCCUAAUGAUCCAGAUAUUCAAAUCAUUGAUAUCACUCAAGGAAAACAUACAAUACAACUCAUCAAUAUCUACAAUGAAGCGGACCAAGCCAAAGAAAAAGGCCACACCAUCGAAAGAUGCCUUUACAAUACCCCUCUUACUCAUCACACCAUCCUCGUAGGAGAUUUCAACUCCCAUCACCCUUGGUGGGACCCCUUCUCUAACAAAAGCUCAAAUGCCGACCUACUCACCGAAUGGUUUGAGGAUCACAAUCUCAUUCUAUUUAACGAACCAGGCACAAGCACCUUUUAUCGAACAAAUAUGACAAAUCCAAGUGUCUUAGACCUUACUUUAGCCACAGAUUCAGUAUCUCCCUAUAUCACUGAUUGGCAAGUCCUCCCGGAUCUUGGAUCAGAUCACUUAAGCAUUCUCUUUGAAGUAAAGGGCACUUUAUCCCGUACAACGAAUAUAGCUCAGCCAGCAAGAUUCAAUACAAAACUUGCGGAUUGGGAAAAAUUCGCGAAUACCCUCAAAUCGAAAAUAUCGAUAUCAACUACCUUAAAUUCGAGUGAAUACCUUAAUAUCGCUACCUCAGAAUCCAACUCUCUUGAUUCCCUUCUCGACAAGAGCCAAUACAUACAAGUAUUGGAUGAUGCUGCAAAAGAAUUCACCCGAAUAAUCACUUAUUCGGCUGAAACCAGUAUACCGAGAAUCAAGUCCACAAAAAGAGCUAAACCCUGGUGGUCCCCAGAGCUGAAAGCCCUUCGAAAACGACUCUCUAAUGCAUUUGAGAACGCCAAACUUUACCCGGAAGACGAUAUGUUCAAGAAAAUCUAUCAGUCAGCCAGGAAUCAUUAUUUCCAAGCUAUUAAAACAGCAAAGAAAAACCAUUGGAAUGAGUUCCUUGAAAAAGAGGAUACCCAAUCCAUAUUCAAGGCAAUGUCAUACACAAAAGAUAUACAAACUGAACAAAUCCCGAAUAUUCAAUCCAAUCCCUCUAAACUAGAAAAUUCUUUCGAGGGAAAAUGCUCUGCAUUUAGAUCGACCCUAUUUCCUCCUCCCCCAUUCACCCCACCGCCCAAUUGGGAAAGCUAUAAACAAUCUAAGAAAUGGGAAUGGCCUGAUCUUACAGAGAGCGAACUCCUAAACGCGUGCUCUGCAAAAAUCAAAGGAAAGACCCCUGGCCCCGAUGGGAUCACUCAAGAUAUCAUUAUUCAAGCGUACAAAGCAAUACCAAAAGCAUUCUUCACCCUCUUCAGUCAUCUUAUCAACCUUGGUUACCAUCCUUCUUGCUGGAAACAAGCCACUGGAGCGAUACUCAAGAAACCUUCAAAACCAGAUUACUCGGCCCCAAAAGCUUAUAGAGUUAUCGCCCUACUAAAUUGCCUUGGCAAAAUAAGUGAAAGAAUUCUAGCUCAAAGGCUUAGCUACUUAGCGGAAACUACGCAAUUACUUCAUUACUCUCAAAUGGGUGGAAGACAAAAGAAAUCAGCCAUCGAUACAGCAAUCUUACUCACUACCGAAAUCGAAAGAAAUUCAAGAUCCAAGAAGAAAACCUCAACUCUCUUCCUGGAUGUUAAAGGCGCCUUUGAUCAUGUAUCUAUGAACAAAUUAUUAGAUAUCUGCAAGAAUCUAAACCUCCCAACCAGCCUAAUCGCCUGGAUCUCAUCUUUUUUGAAGGAAAGGCUACUCAAGCUCUCAUUCGAUGGCCAAAUUGAAACCUUCAAACCGAUCAAUACCGGGAUCCCCCAAGAUACGAAGACAGCCUCAAUCAAGCUUCCGAACGAGGAGAUAAUUCAACCCUCAACACUAGUCAGAUGGCUAGGCAUAUGUCCCAAGGCAAUGAGACAGCUCUAUAUGGCAUGCGUCACCAGCAUAGCUGAUUACGGUUCAAUUUUAUGGUGGAAAGGGCAAAACCAAUUCAAGAAAAUCCUUCAAUCCUUGCAAAACCUCGCCCUUCGAAAAAUCCUAGGAGUAUUCAAAACCUCACCAAUAAAACCAAUGGAAAUAGAAGCCGCAUUGUGCCCUCCAGAAGUAAGGCUUAAUGCUGGAAUCAAACAAUACGCCUUCAGAUUAUUGAAAAUCUCCCCUUCUCAUCCUGUCAAUUUAAUAGCUACAAAGCUGGCUACAGAAAAGGAAAAUCAAGAUGUAGUUGCAACCCCUCAAAGAAAGCAAUUAAAACCUACUCAACUCGAAAAGAUCAAAAACUCAAUCCAGAAAGACUUCGAUCCCCUCACUUUGGAAAGAAUUCAUCAUUUCUACUUCCCUCCUUGGAAGAAGGAAGUUCCAUAUAGAGUCAAUAUCAGCAAAUUAGGAAAAGAAGAAGCUGCGAUGAUCCACAAUCUGGCUUUCAAAUAUAGAUGCAAAAAUACCAUUACCAUAUACACUGAUGCCUCAUCCACUCUAGAGGGAAUAGGGGUUGGGAUCGGGAUAGUAGUCAUCUUACCAAAUGGCCGAAUCUCAUAUCAAGAGACUAUCAAUAUAGGCGUGAAUCAGCUUGUCUAUAACGGUGAGCUUCUAGGAGUUACUAAAGCGAUCGAAUACGCAAAUUUAAUAGCCCAGCCAGGAAACAAGUUCAAGAUAUACUCAGAUAAUCAAGCAGGAUUAUUCCGGCUGAAAACCCCUUCCGAUUCACCUGGUCAAUCAUGCCAAAUCAAAGCUAUAAAAGCUGCGGAAGCUAUUCAAAAUAAAGGAGCCGAAAUCUCUCUCAAUUGGGUCCCCGGACAUACAUCUGUACAAGGAAAUGAGCUAGCUGAUUCUCUUGCAAAAGAGGCGACCAAAAUACCAUCCUCAUCUCACGAAACCAGUUAUGCCUUUAUUGGAAUGGAUAUAAAAAGAAUGAAAUCAGAGAACUGGAUAGCCAUCCUUAACACUAACAACUUUCAUCAACCAUCGUCAACAUAUUCAAGAAACUACCCCUGGAAGAUCAGCUCAAAAAUCAGAGUUCCAGGAAACAUCAAAAGAAGCACAAUCUGUGCUCUGUUCCAACUCAAAAUUGGACACGGAUACUUCAAAUCUUAUUUGAAACGAUUCGGUAUCUCCUCUAAUGACAAUUGUAGAUGUGGGGGAAAGGAAUCUCCUGAUCAUCUUCUGCUCAGUUGUCCUUUAUAUAAAAUGGCAAGGAAAACCCUCAAUAAGGAUAACCCCACAGUCCGACCUACCAUGAAAUAUCUGCUUCACACUAAAGCAGGAAUCAUCAAGACCCUCGAAUUUAUCGAGGCGACGAGAAUAGCCACCAGAUCAUGGCACCUCAAUAGAAUGCAUGAAGAAGAAGAGGAAGAAGGUGGAGAAGAAGGGGGUGGACCGGAAGAUUGUGAUUGA